UAGAAAAAUUUUAAAUCAAAAAGGGGUUCGCACCCGUGGUAUCCAUAACAUUACUUUGGAAUUGACAAUUGAGUAAUUUAGUCAAUUAUGCCAAAUCUGGUUACACUGGUCAGAAUUUCCCUAUUAUAACGUGCAACAGCACUACAUAUCGCUUUUCUCUCUAAUAUAAAUUCUUAUUUAGCGGAGAAUUGGUUUAAAAACUACUAAUUUAACUAAUAUUUGAAAACAGGAUCCAUUAAUGUUAGCCAACGGAUCCUAGAAGAAAAGGAUUAAGAACCAUUAGUCUAUUCUAUAUCUCGACAGUCUCGACUAUGGAAUAGUUACCCCUUCGGUAAUCAAUCGUUUUACACAUUUGUAAUUGAUAAAUAAACUUGGACUGAACGAUAUUUCUAUCGAAUAUACAUAAAUAUUACAGAAGUUCAAUAAAAAUAAAAAGUAAUUAGGGCUAAUGAGUAAUAUUAAUCAUGGUUUUAUUGCUGUGCAUGUGGGAGCAGGAAGACAUUCGGAAGCUCUUAAGGAAAAGUACCAAAAAUUAUGUCGUCAAGCAUGCAAGGCAGGAAUGCAGAAUUUAAAAACUGGUGGUAGUACGUUAGAUGCGGUAGUAGAAGCAGUGAUUAUAUUAGAAAAUUCUCCACUAACAAAUGCUGGAUUUGGUUCUAAUCUUACUUUAGAAGGAACAGUAGAAUGCGAUGCCAGUGUUAUGGAUGGUACUACCUUACAAUUUGGAGCAGUCGGUGCAGUUAGUGGAAUAAAAAAUCCUGUUAUAGUAGCAAAACGUCUUUGUGAACAGCAAUCUAUUAAAAUUGCAUGUGGUAGAAUUCCACCAAGUUUUUUAGUUGGAAAUGGAGCACAUGUAUGGGCCCAAGAAAUGGGAAUACAAACUUUACCUCCGGAACAAUUAAUUUCAAUGAAAGCCCAGAAGAUAUACAAGCACUACAAAAGAAAAAUAGAAGACUCUAGUAUAGAAAUUGAUAAUUGUUCUAAAAAACGAAUGGACACGGUUGGUGCAAUAUGCGUUGAUAAACAAGGAAAUAUUGCUGCAGCUUGUUCAAGCGGUGGUAUAAUUUUAAAGUAUCCAGGAAGAGUAGGACAAGCUGGAGUAUGGGGAUGUGGUACUUGGGCGUAUAAAGACAAGUAUUCGAUAGGAACAAGUACUUCCGGUUGCGGAGAACAUCUGAUUCGUACUUCGUUAGCACGCACAAUCGCAGAAGCUAUUUCGGAUGACUCUUGUCCCACUACCAGCGUACACAAUGCUAUGAAAGUUGAUUUUAUCGGUGAAAAUCUAUUCAAAAUUUUUGUACGGACUCGAUCAAAAGCUUGGAGGCGUUAUUGCUAUUCGGUACGCAGCCCAGGAAGGACUAGGAGAUUUUCUUUGGAGUCAUUCGACCAAUUCAAUGAUAAUAGGCUACAUGAAUUCUAGCGAAGAAACGCCAGUGAGUCACAUGUCGAUUUUACCGUCUCACGAAGUUGGUAAAAAAGCAGUCGUCGAAGGGAUAUGUUUUAAAAUCUCGGCAAAUACUGACCCUUAGGAAUUUUUUUUUAUAAUAACAUUGACAAAUCGUAUUUUGUUAUUAGCAG